GUGCUGCUGCUAGCUUCACACAAGCGGAAGAAGCCGAAGUGUAACUUCCUGGAAACAAACGUUACCGUCAGUCUGUCGAUCAUCGAUCAUCGAUCAUCGGCUUAUCAGUGAACGUCUUUUAGCGUCUCGUGUCUGUCAGCGCGGUAACAAACCGGUGCCUCGCGGUAACAAACCGGUGACGGUACUUUGAAACAGCCGCCCCGGGGAUUUAGCACCGUUAGCUGCCGCUGGUAGCUUUAGCUACUGUUAGCCUAGCCCAGCAGAGUUCGCUCGGUUGGACCCGGACCCGGACCGGACUGGGUCGGCACCGUUUCCACCAUGGGAGCCCACCGCAGUGAGGGAGGCCGGGACUGGCUGGAGCAGGACGGGCCGGAGCAGCCGGAGCAGAGCCCGAAGCCGUGGAACUUGAUGAUCAAACACAGACAGAUCCACAGACGAGGACGGCGCUCCCACAUGGCGGUCAGUUACACUGAUCCUCAGGUGUCCAUGGACCUGCUGAGAGCGGUACUUCAGCCCAGCUUCAACGAUGACAUCAUGGCUGUGUUCAGGAAGUACCAGAAGUUCUUUGACAAAGCGGCGGAGAACGUGAAGGAGAACGUUGGAGACGACGUUCAGACUGAUCAGCUGAUCAGAGAGGCCUGCAGGAACGUUCUGGAACAUGCCAAACAGCUGUUUCCAGAGGGGGAGGUGAAGAAGGCGGGGUCAGAGGUCGCCAUCAAGAGGUCCAGAGCUGCUGAUGAAGACUACAGUCAGAGAGGAAGCCCGCUCCUCAAGAAGAGGAGGACUCGUCCAGGUGCGGCGGCGGUUUCCUCUGAUCGACCUCACACCUUCUCCACUCAAGUGAAGCUCAAGUCUGAUCCCAUCAAGAGAGAAGGACCAAAGUGGGAUCCGUCCAGACUGAACGACAGCAGCACGUUUGUGCUCGGAUCCAGAGCCAACAAGGCGCUGGGGAUGGGCGGGACCAGAGGACGCAUCUACAUCAAACAUGCCGAUCUGUUUAAGGUAAACACACACACACACACACACACACACACACAUCUUUACUGUUUGUUUCUGGACCCUGAACGUUUAAUGAUGCUUUCAUUUGUCCUCACACACACAGUAAAACAUGCUACGCCUGCCUCCAGCCUCCAUCACUGGGUUUCAUGCAGCUUCGGUUGUCCGACGACCCGUAAACUCGACAUGUGGACCAGCGGCUACCGAGCCUGUAGGCUGCUGCUGCAGGUCACGGAGAACCAUCACUUAAAUGAGAUUCUCCUACUCGGCCCAAACAAACAGCUCCGCCUCUAAAACAAACAAGUUGUGUUGAUUUUAAAAAAAGAAACACAACUUCGUCUUUAAUUUGAUACCAAAUAUGUGGCAUGUGUAGCUGUAAAACUUGUAAACAGCGAUUUCCUUUAACGUCUCGAUCUUCCGCUCACACUUCUUCUUUGGAAGGAACUUUAUUAUGAAAGCUGCAAGUCGCUACGAACUACUCAGUGAGCCGACAGCCUGUAACGGCACCCUGCUGUUAGCGCGCUGUAGCCGCCGCAGGACUAAACAAAGUCUGACUGGAGACACAUCAACACAUCCUGAAUACAACUGAAUACAACUGUGUGUGUGUGUGUGUGUGUGUGUGUGUGUGUGUGUGUGUGUGUGUGUGUGUGUGUC